GUGCAACAGAAUGCUCUGGGUCCCUUGACAAAGCUCACCUCUUCUUAGUCCAUAUUUUGUUACCCUUUGCAUUGUUGUUUGAUGGUGGAGGUGAAAGCCAGAGCCCUGCACAUGACUGAUGAGCACCUCGGAGCCCCAGGCCUGUUCUUUGGUUGAGAAUCGGCCUCAGAUGGCUUUUGGUUUGUUUUCUAAGGCGAGGGUGUGCGUUGGUGGAGCAGAUUUCACUGAGUGGUCUCCGUGUGCUGGGGCCUGUUGUGCCAAGCACGAGCCAACAGCUCGGAUCCGGAUGGGACUCGCCAGACGACGCAGACCGUUCAGCUUAACAAAGAGAUGACGCUGGCUAGCAACCGGAGCCUGGCUGAGGGAAACCUUCUGUACCAGCCCCGACUGGAUGCUCAGAAAGCUCACCUGACCCAGAAGUACCAGGAACUCCAGGUUCUCUUCGAGGCCUAUCAGAUAAAGAAGACCAAACUAGAUAAGCAGUCUAACAACGCUUCCUUGGAGACUCUGUUAGCGCUUCUUCAGGCAGAAGGGGCCAAGAUUGAGGAAGACACUGAGAACAUGGCAGAGAAGUUUCUGGAUGGAGAGCUUCCUCUAGAUGCCUUUAUUGAUGUCUACCAGAGCAAACGGAAGCUGGCACACAUGCGCCGGGUCAAAGUGGAGAAGCUCCAGGAGCUGGUGCUGAAGGGACAGAGACUCCCACAGGCCGGGGCCCCACUACCACCCAGGGUGCCGGAGCCGGCACCUGCCCCUGCCCUCCCCUAUCCCCCUCUGGAGGCCACCGGGCUCCCUUCUGUUGUGCCUCGGCGCACCCCCCCACCUCCACCCCCGGUGCCUGCAGGACACAUAGCCACCCCAUUCACUGCUGCCAUGGGCUCAGGACAGGCAUCUGUAUACCCAGGAUUGCAGUGCCCACCUCUGCCUCCCAGAGUGGGCCUCCCCCCUCAGCAAGGAUUCUCCGCACAGUUGGUGUCACCAUACCCACCAGCCCUGCCCCAGAGACCCCCUCCACGGAUGGCUCCACACCAGCCAGGAUUCAUCCUGCAGUGAGCUCGGGGGCCUGCUCUUCCUGCAAGACAUCCUCUGCCUGCCGGGCUGAGCUCUGCAGACAGGCUGCAAGGUGCAGCAUCUGGGCCAAGGGCUUGGGUGCCCGGGCCAGUGCGUCCAUCUGACUUUAGAACUGUAGGUCUGUGGUAAGUAAUAGAGAGCAGGUUUUGUGCUCCAAGGGAGCCGGCUGUGCCAGGCCAGUCUGCAUCACAUGGGUCUGUGUUCUGGGUGUGAUUUCUGAGUGUCUAGUGUCUAUGGACUCGUGCAUUUGGAAAGAUUACCCCCCCCCCCGCCCCCAGUUUAGAAUCUUGGCCCUCCUGUUGUAGCUUUAUUUAAGAAGCAUGAUUAGUUAUAUCUGUUUUAUUUUCAAGUCGUAGCCCACCAGCUACUGUGGCACUAGUAAAAGCAGUCUACACUGGCCAGCCUGGAAUGUGUGCCCAUGGCCAGGCCAGGCCGGGCAGCUGUGCUGUUCACCGAGUCUGUGCAGGGCAGGUCGUCACAGUAACCUCCCCUCCCCCCUUCUCCCCCCAAGCUGGCUGCUCUCAUGGUUCAAAGCCACAGGCAGAGUUUGCACUUGGCUGCUGUGUGCAGAGGCCAGGCGGGCUGUGGCCCUGGGUGUGAGGCCGGCAUGAGCUGGACUUUGCACAGUACAGUCCUCGGCCCUCCCCGCACACCCCAAGCCGCAUGACGGUUUCUGUGAAAAAAAGUACUCAGUGUUUUUACCACACUUGUAAUGUUCCUGUUUUAUAUUUCAAAAGAAAACUUUUUUGAUGCUCUCAAGACCAUUCAGGGAAACUUUUUUAAAAAUGCAGAUACUGUUUUGAGCUGGUUAAAAAUGCAGAUUUAUUGAGUGCCGCUUCCUGUCAGGCAAGCAGUGCACGGUCACAUCCGCCCGCGCCCGUGCUGUGCCUUACUUCACUUGUGCCAGGCCUCAGAUGCCCACAGCGCACCAGCCACUGCUGCCCUACGGAACCCAGUUAGGCAGGGCCUGGUCGGCCUCGUCACUCUGUGGUAGGCCAGGAAAGGUCGGUCCUCCUUCGACCAGGAUAGUCGUGGGCAGCCGGCAGUGCUGCGGGGGUUGGCCAGGGUGUGGAGGGGUCUGGGAAAGUCCACCCCACAGGGUUGGCAGCAGCAGCAGCUCCUUCCUUCCUCUUUGGGAUCUCAUCUGCAGGUGCCACGUGUGCAGAGUUCCCAGGGCCCAGCUGGGAGGGGCAGCCCCACACCUGUCCCUAGUAGAGGGCCGCGUGCCUGUUGCUAGAACUCAGAACCCCACCUCCAUCCUGCCAGCUGGCUGCAGCCCAAGGUAACACUCAAGGCAGCGCUGACUAGAGCCUGUCCCAGCUGGGCCACUGGCAGGGCCAUCAGCCUUUGUCCCCAAGUCGUCCUGUAUCCUCUUCAUGGAUUUGGACUCUAUACCCUACUGGAACUAUUCUGUAAAGAGACAGAGCUGUAUGUGCCACCUCAAUACCUCUGCCACCAGCUGCCCCCAGGAGUGCCCACUGCCCAGUCAUGGGCUGCAGCCACAUGGGAGCUCUGGGUGGAUGUAGUGGGGCCGCCAGGUGACCUUGCCAGGCCGUAGCUGGCUCCAGGGCUGUAAAGCUGUAGAACUCUUAAUAAAUUGAGAAUUAUUAAUUUGA